GCAGCAGGAGUGUAAUCGUUGAUAUUGUUGCUGCUAUCGAGUUUGACAUUUAUGUCGGUGUAAUUAUAUACUGUUGCUUCAUGUUUACAAGAUGGCAGUUCAUAUAUGAUGCUGUGACUGCGAUACGCCUUUAGGGCCACGUGAUUUCGCUUGAGGCUUCACUACAAGUGGUUCGGAAAUAACAGGAAGUCAAUACGCAAGCGGGCCAAGAGGGUGUCGGGACGGCAGAUGGUGUCCCAAUAUGACGCGGAGAUACAUGUGGUUGAAAACCUUCGUCGCCUUGAUAUUAGUCUUCGUAUUUGUGUCGACUUUAAGGAAGAUUGGGCCCAAGGUAGCUCUGUGGUAUGGAUGGUGGGACGAAUACCCCGAUACUGUAUCGAACUUCUACACCGCAUUAUCACAGACUAAGAAUGUGGUCCUUUCAACCAGGUGGAGGGAGAGGAUGCUGGAGGUUUCUCAUAUCAACGUCACUCAAGCAGCAAACAUGGGGCUUAAUCUGUCGCAAACACUGCACUCGUAUACAUGGUCUGAAUUGGAUCUCGUCAACUUCCCAGAGUUUGCAUUCCUUCCAAAUUUCAAAAACCCGUGCUGGAGGGAGUCCUAUAUACCCCCAGUGACGUGUUAUACCGGUAACAAGCCGGACAUACCAUCAAGACAUCCGACUCGCUCCAAACUGUCCUUGAGGUGUCUACCGUACUUCCUGAUCAUUGGGCAGCCUAAAUGUGGAACCACAGACAUAUACCGACGAUUGAAUAGUCACCCAGACGUUACAUCCCCGAAAAUGAAAGAGUCGUUUUGGAUGGAGAGAAUUCGAUUCCGUCCAAAGUGUUCUUCGAUAAAUACAUAUCUGGACUUUCUGCAACAAAGCGCCAAUACCAUUGAUCGGGUUUUCAAGAAUGACACAGCUGGUCAGGUCUACCAUCACGUCAUCACAGGUGACGGCUCUGUGGACAUGAUGUGGGACAAUACGUUCUGGCCAUUGUUGCCUGGCAACGAGGGAUGCCGUGAGCCCUGCGUUACAAACGCUGACAUGGUCCAUCAUCUUAAUCCGAAAGCAAGCAUCAUCAUCAGUCUCAGGAACCCAAUCGACAGGCUGUACUCCGACUACCUGUACGAGAGCAGGUGGCUUCAUUAUCAAAUAUCUAGGGAGAACUUCCACCAGGAAGUGAAGCAGGAGAUUCAGGAGUUUAAUACUUGCCUCCUAACCAACUCAGUCAGAGCAUGUACAUAUAAUGGAAGCCAUGAAAACGCCUACAGUUCAAAGGUACGACUCCGACUUGGGAUUUACUCGGUCCACGUUGCUGAUUGGUUGAGAGUAUUUCCACGUCAUCAAGUGCACGUCAUCAAAUUUGAAGACUAUAUACAGGAUAUCGAAAACCACAUGAAAUCUCUCUUUAGAUUUUUAGAUUUACGUGAUCUGACGAAGAGUGAGAUGACGCUUAUAUUGGAGCUGGAACCUAAUAAUAUCAGGAACGUAAAUGCUCAACACGUGGGAGAGAUGCUGCUCGAUACAAGGCAAAUGCUGACAGAUUUCUAUAGUCGAUAUAAUAAGGAGCUGACAGAAUUACUCAACAACAGAAAAUAUUUAUGGGAGAAAUAAAAUACGAUAACUGCAACUAU